GCAACACUUUUCACUAGUCACUCCAGGAUCACCUUAAUACUCAAUGGCGAUGGAGACGAAAAUGAUAAGUCAGAAGGAAUACCUGAAGAAAUAUAUGUCCUUUGACGAUGAUGAUAAUAAAAAAAAGAAAAAGAAAAAGAAACACAAAACGGGAGCAAGAACAGUAAAGAUUAUAGAUGAUGACAUAGAUUUGAAGAAUAUAAGGCCUAUUGAAGAGGAUGAAUUCGAUAUUCUUUUAGAGGGGGAAGAUGCUCCUCAAAUUGCUGGUAUAGUCGACGAACGUGGACCAGUUGAUUUCACAGAUAAGAAACGAUGGAAAAUCAUAACCAAGAACGAAGAAGGUGACUUAGACAUUAUUAGUUGUACUACAAAUAAAGAAAGAAGAAAUCAAAACGAUGAAAUGAAUGCCAACCAAAAUAAGAUUGAUGAUGAUCUGGAUUUAAAUCUAUCCAAAAUGAAACAUUCUAAAAAUAAAUAUACAGAUUCCAGUGUACAUAGGCAAUCUAAAAAUGACGAUUCAGACUUAAGUCCGUAUAGACGUUCCAAGUAUUCUAAGAAUAAACAUGUAGAUUUAAAAUCAUCUAGAAGGCGUACAGACUACGAUUCAGAUUCGUGUUCACCUGAGCAACUCAAAAAUUAUGAUUCAGAUGUGAAUCUGCCCAAACGGUCUAGAAAUAAUGAUUCUGAUUUGAGCCCUCCCAGGCAAUCUAGAAACAAUGACUCGGACUUAAGUCCACCUAGACAAUCUAAGAAUGAUGACUCAGACUUGAGUCCGUCUAGGAAGAAUGCGAAACAUCGACUAUCAACUCACGGUGGACGAAGUUAUAAGAGUUCGGGUAAUAGAGACAGUGAUUCGGAUUUUAGUCCACCUAGAAAACGCAAGCAGAAUGUGGAUGCAGAUUUGUACGAAAGCAGAAAAAAAGACAAAGGGUCACAUUUAAGUUCAGCCCGACACAGGGCACACCGAUCUCGGAGAGAUAAUUCGCCACGUUCUAACUCUUCUAGAGCUGACAGAGAGCACGAAUAUUCACGUAAUUCUAGUAAACAAAGGAGGUCAAGCAGAGAUAAGCGGGAAAGGAAAAAGGAUGAUUAUAAUCAUAAACCGCGAUCGUACUCGGAUACGAGGGAAAGAAGGAAGAAAUCGCGUUGGGACGAAGAGACAGAUUCGGAGCGUCGACACGCGGAAAGUUAUUCAAGAGAUCAUGACGGUCGAAUGACGAAAACUUUAGACGGAAAAACGGCAGGAUUACAAGAUGCGAAAGCAUUGCGGGAGGAAACUAGAGCUCAUAAACAACGUGAGGCAGAGCAGUUUAACAAAUUAAGUAAAACGGUCAGCGGAGUUGGACAAGCUCCAAUCGUGCGCGACAAAACGGGAAGAAAACGCAAUUUGGAAGCGGAAGCAGCGGAAGAACGUGAACGGGAAAUACAGCAACGGGAGAUAAAUGAGAAGUAUGCCAAAUGGGGCAAAGGGCUAAAGCAGAUGGAAGAUCGUGAAGAAAAAAUGAAAAAUGAUUUAUACGAAAUGAGUAAACCCUUAGCAAGAUACGCGGAUGACGCGGAUCUAGAUAGAGAAUUAAGGGAACAAGAGAGAGAGGGUGAUCCCAUGUUGAAAUAUAUAAAACAAAAGCAGAUAAAGGAGGGAAAAAGAAAGCCAGAUCCGCCGCAAUAUCGAGGAUCGUAUGCUCCAAAUCGAUUCGGUGUUAAACCUGGUCACCGAUGGGACGGCGUGGACAGAAGCAACGGAUUUGAAAAGAAAUGGUUUGAAGCGCAAAAUGCCAAGCGGGCGCGGCAGGAGGAAGCCCAUAAAUGGAGUACAGCUGACAUGUAAAAUUCACAUUCACGUACAUGUACUGUAAUGAGAGUUCUAUUUUAUUCGCAUCGAUUAUUAAUAAUUAAUAAGAAAGGGGCGGUUUGAUAAAACGAACUGCAUUUUUCCUCGGUACGUAUUGCGCGAACAUUCGCGCCGCUCAUCCGUAAUCCUCGUUCCUUGUCCGCAUGUACUCCGAAAAACGCCGUAACGAUCGCGUGAACGAGCGAUACAUACCAGCGAGCUCCGUGCGCGUAUCGCGAAACCACGAGAUCGAUAUUCGUUCGAGAAAAUGAGAGAAUGGAGAGGCUGGCGCCGGUCUGGCAAUGGUAAUGGGCGAGCGAAAUACCACCGUCUGCGGAAUCGAUCGUGCGCCUUUUAAGGUCGCGGCGGUUCGCCACGGACUAUGGUAGGCAACACGGGAAUAUUGGAAGUGGCGGUGCGUUUCACGUAGUCGCGUUCGCGGCGCGCAAUUGGGACGCCGGUCGCCAGGUCGAAACGGCGUCGCCGCACUAUCCACGCCGGGAUUCCUGGCGCCGAGUCCUUACGCGAGGACGACCGCCAUACGUUGGCAGCAUCGAAGCUUGCGCUCUGGCUGCAAUCGCCGCUCCGCGCCGGCCGAAACCUGGCCAGGAACGUGGCGGUCCUUUCCGCGCGCGACAUUGCUGCCUCCAAUAACGCUCUCUUCUGCGAGCAGCGGGGCCUCCGUGUCGCGCGAUAUAUAUCGGCGGCAUAGAUACAUAGCGCGCGACCGAGCAGUCAGUCGCUUGGUCAUCACGCGAGCAAGGGCAGGGUCGUAGGCGGGUGACGCCAGUAACGCUCGCGACAUCGACGGGUUUUCUCUCGUCCGCGUGUUGAAGCUCGUGAUGCUCGACUCGGCGAGUCGCGAUCGGCCGGUAAGGACCUCUUCUUCGAGACAGUGAAUGCGGGACACCAGGUGCGACAGGUCGCGUGACGACACAUGACAAAGGAAGUAUCGGAUUGCUCUCGAGUGUGAAGGAUCGUCUAGCAGGUGCCGGCGCCACGCGACGUGUCAAUAACCCCCGAAUAACGGCAAGAAGCAAGGGGUGGGCGCAAGAGAACCUACACUGACGAAACGCGUAUAUGUAUGCA